AUGUCAGAAUUGUUUUGUGCCGGUUUAAAGCAAGAAUUUCGAGUUGUCUUAGCAAGUCAGAGCGCACUCACGUAUGCCGAAGCACUAAACAGAGCUCUGGACAUGGAGCUGGCAAUGCAGCCAGAGAAGACGAGUCAACCCUCUGCUCCCCAAUCAAACCCGAAUGUUCAAUCGGGGAGUCAAUCCUUUUAUGGACAAGGUCCUAAGGGAAAAAGGAAGUGGGACGAGAGAAACCAAGGUCCCGAGAAACCGUGGCAAGGUCAGAAUGCGCCACCUUUUUCUCAAGGCAAGGAUAAACGAUCUUAUGCAGCCCCAGCGGCAGCAUCACAAGGGCCAAGAGCAAUACCUCCCUGCCCAAAAUGCAAUAAGUUACAUUUGGGGGAGUGCAGAAUGGGAACAAAUAACUGUUUCACCUGUGGAAGGGCCGGGCAUUAUUCCAACCAAUGCCCGAACCGACAGCAAAGUGGAACCGGUGGAAGACCGAGACCGUUCCAGCCGCAGCUCAAGGCCAUGGAAGGAGUCCUACCGCUACCACAGCCAGUACGCCAGCAGCCAAUGCACCGACAACAGCAGCCGGGAAGACAACCAGCUGGGCCGCAGGCGAAUCAACAGCAACAUCAUCAAAGAAUGUUCGCGAUCAAUCAGAAAGCUCAAGACCAGAAUCGGGGAAAUUUGACAGGUAUAGGCGAGAUGAAAGGCGUAUCCAUAGUAGUUUUGUUCGACACUGGAGCGUCGCAUUCUUUUAUCUCUCACACGUGUGUAGAUACUUUAGAACUGAAAGUAGAGUCUGCUCCACAAUGCCUGAAAGUGUUUACACCCAUAGGCAGAACUACUACGGUAUCACACGUUUGUCCUAACGUAGAAUUUGUGUUAGGAACGUUGAAGCUCGAGGCCAAGAAUCUGAGGGUGAUGCCUAUGUGGCACUUAGAUAUAAUUUUGGGAAUGGACUGGUUGGAAGAGAACCAUGCAAAGAUACAAUGCAAGGAGAGACAAAUAUCAUUCCAGCCACCUGACCAAGAGCCUACUGCCUUCAUUGGCAUUGAAGGAAAAUGGAAGAAGACGCCGAUUAUCUCGGCUUUGGGAGCCAAGAAGCUUUUGCAAAAGAAGGACAUGACUGCGUAUGUCGUGUAUUUGAACCAGAAGGAAGAAUCCCAAGCGGAUAUUGAUGACGUGCCAAUAGUGCGAGAAUACAAAGACGUUUUCCCUGAAACUUUGCCAGGUUUACCACCUGAUCGAUAG